AUGUCAGACUCAAUAGAAACCCAUAAUCUGGAGGAUUUGUCACCAGUGGAGAUAGACACUGUUAUGACUACGAAAUCCCGACUUCCAGAAUUUGAUCGUAGUGAUCCUGAGUUGUGGUUUGCUCAACUAGAGCAUUAUUUCACGAGACACAAUAUCAAAUCUGAAGGGAUUCGCUAUAGAGACUUGUGUUCUAUCCUUCCUCCUUCAGUCGCCAAAGAAGUCCGUGACUUGAUUUUAAGUCCACCAUCACCACAACCAUACACCAUCUUAAGACGAGAGAUAAUGAACCGUUUAUCAUUAUCAGAUAGUCAAAGAAUCCAAAGACUUUUUCAAGGUGAAACACUAGGUGAUCGGUCGCCGUCACAGUUUUUACGUCACCUCCAAGUCUUAGUGGGUGAUAACACAGUGGGUGAAGCAGUCCUAAAACAAGGAUGGAUACAAGCUCUCCCAUGCUACGUCCAACACUGUUUGGAUGCACAGGAUCCUGAAACCUCAUUAUCUCAUUUAGCGCGUAUAGCCGACAGAAUAAUGGAAAGAGGUCCUUCAACUGGAUCAGGCACAAUAAAUCACACACAAAAAGUAGAAUCAGCAAAAGACCCCGUAAUAGAAGGACUCAUUGCGAGUGUUAAGAGUCUCACUGAGGCUGUCACCAAAAUGCAAAUGGGUCAUAGAAACAGGAGCAGGUCACCACAACGACCACGAUCCAAGUCACAAAACAGGUCACAAAUGUCCAGACAAUCUGGGCAGUUCUGUUGGUACCACUGGAAGUUUGGUGUCAACUCAACCAAGUGCAUGCAACCAUGCGCCUGGCCUAAGCAUAAUUCUAAGACAGCGGGAAAUGAGUAA